UCGCUGCGUAAAGCGCAAAAAGCAGCGGCCGCGUCGCAGUGCGUGAAUAGAGAGUUACACAGUUCGGCACACAAUCUCGCAGCAGCAAUCGUGGUCCGUGUGUGAUUGCCGCGUACGGUGUGUCUCACUUCGCCUGGCUGUGCAGUCCGCCGCCGCCACCGCCACCGCUUCCUGCUUGGCGCACCACACGGGCAAUCAUCUUCCUAGCACCGAAGUAACUCGUGACGACGGUGCUCGACGAUUCGGACGACGGUGCUUUGUCGGUCAUUCGGUCGGUCGGAAAAUAUGGUCGCUUCGCACUUGCUACGCGCUUGACACGGUUUAGUAUGACCGCCGACGGUGGCGCAAGUAGCAGAAUUAGGAAACGAAGACGUCGAUGAUGGAGGAGCAAAUAUGCACUAGCGCGCACCACUCGUGUCCGUUCUCUGCCUACCCGUAGUUUCGCGAGAAUCAUCGUGCAGUGAUUUUAUUUACCACCACCACCACCUACCCACCAGCCUCAUUGCCCCUGGCGGUCCCUGGCCAAGCACGACGGUGCUGGUGCUUCGUUCGGUUACGUUUUCGGGUUUUUCGUUUUUCGGUGUCGUAAUCCGGGUGGUUCGCAAAAUUACAAUCCCCACUGUUCCCCGCGAUGUGGUGACCGGGAAGCUGCCGGUAUCCUUGUAGUAGGCAUUGCCCAAUCCCGGAUCUUAGCACGCUCUCAAACGCGGCGCCUUGUGUGUGUGUGCGCGCGCGCGUUUGCUAGUUAUGAACGGUGCGCGAUAAAAUGCAAAUAUCACGAAGCGGCCCCUAUCACAUCACCGCAGCCCGGCCGCAACGAUCCUGCAACGAUGCCGCGGUCUAACCGCGAGCACCAACCACAGCGCACCAGCAUCAGUGUGUUGGUUAAUGUGUGUGUGCGGGACUAGAGAACCGUCAACGUAGUCCGAUAGUCGAUCGCAGCAACCAUCGAGCAAAUCGAUACUCCGAAAUCGUGCACGGCUGAUCGUGCACUAAACGAACUACAACGGCAAGUGCUGUUUAAGGCCAUCGUAAACUGAAGGAUUUCAUCGGCGGAAAGGAUACUCGGACAAAGGAUCCCCGUCCUAAUCAGGGAGUAGAAUAGCCGCACUGUACAAAACCGAAAUCGCGCCAAAAGCCCAGUCAGAGUCACGCGCCCGGAAAUGGGAAACUGCAUCGGGAUCAACCGGAACGACGAAACGCUGGACACCGGAUCGAACAAUGUCUCCCGACCAGUUACGGGGACGACAUCCAGUUUCGUCGGUGUUCAGCGCAAGAACCAUCCGCUGUGUCACGAGACAAUACGCUGGAAAUCGGAAGUGCCAUUAACCGAGGGGCAGCUGCGGAGCAAACGGGACGAGUUCUGGGACACGGCGCCGGCCUUCGAGGGCCGCAAGGAGAUAUGGGACGCGCUGCGGGCGGCCACGAGCGCUGCCGAAGCGCUCGACUUUCAGCUCGCCCAGGCAAUACUGGACGGUGCCAACAUUUCGGUCCCCAACGGAUACCUCACGGAGUGUUACGACGAACUAGGUUCACAGUACAAGCUACCGAUCUACUGUUUAUCAUAUCCUAUCAACAUAGUUAAGGAGGACUAUGGGCGCGAUUCGCCCGCCGAAUACUCGGAACCAGUUGACGGUGGUACGGAAGUAAUUGUGAAGCUCCGACUAUCGUCAACCUGUACAGACGUUAAGCUACCAGUUUAUUCUAAAGACACAGUCGGACAAUGUAAAAAGAAACUUCAGGCUCAGGAGGGAAUCGAUGCAUUUACUCAGCGAUGGUUCUACGGGGGUAAAUUAUUAGGUGAUAAAAUGCACAUCGAUGAGGCCCGCAUAGUGCCCGGUUACAUUGUGCAGGUCAUUGUAAAUACCGAGAAACAAUCGUCACUAGCCAUCAGCUAGCCUACGGUGGCGACAGCCGUGCACGGAACCGACGCACCACCGUGCUGCUACCGGUUGUUGCCAGCGGCAAUCGACGAAUGCCGCCACCAACAUC